CCGGUUCUCGCCCCCCCUUUUUUUUUUUUUUGGCGCCAAACGAAUGGAAGCGCGGCGCGACGCGGGCCUGCUGGGCGCGCCCCCGGCCGCUGGGGGCCAGGCCGCGGCCUCGCUCGGUCCCGCCAAGUCUCUGGCGUUCUCCAUCGACCGCAUCAUGGCGCAGACGCCCGAACCUAAAUCCAUUCCGCUGCCGGGCUGGUUCCGCUCUGCUCCGGUGGGUCUCCCGGACGUGUGCCCGUCUUCGCUGCAUUGCAUGAUCCCUCUGGUGCCGCUGGGCUACGACCCGGCUCACCACCGACUCGGGCUCGCUGGCUUGGACUCGACUCACCUGGACGCGCCUGUGGACUUGUUGGGUUUCGGGCUGAACUACGCGACCCAGCAGCAGCAGCAGCACCAGGAGGAACCCGCACAGAACCAAUCAGACGGCCAGUAUAAACUGUUCCGUCCGCGGGUUGUGACCCAGUCCUCCUUCCCCUCCAGAGGCACCGUGUGCUACCUGAACUGUGCCGCCGACGCCGGCUCGUGUUCGCCGGCCGCGGGCCUCCUCAACCUCCACCCCAUGGCCUCAUACCUCCUGGGGGCCAGACAUGGAAGAACCCUGCUGGACGAGCGCGGCAAAGCGGGCUUGCCGAACCCGGCGGAGCGCUACCACCACCACCACCAUCACCACCACCACCAGGCCGGCCAGAGCCUCAUCAAGGAGAGGGACUUCACGGACAAGAUGCUGAAAAACUCCUCCGCGGCCUCCGCGGUUCGUCUCGGAGGUUCCGGAUGUGCUGGACACAAACCUAAAGUUUUCACCUGUGAGGUUUGCGGAAAGGUGUUCAACGCGCACUACAACCUCACGCGCCACAUGCCCGUGCACACGGGGGCGCGUCCGUUCGUGUGCAAAGUUUGCGGCAAAGGCUUCCGCCAGGCGAGCACUUUGUGCAGACACAAGAUCAUCCACACUCAGGAAAAACCUCACAAGUGCAACCAGUGCGGCAAAGCAUUCAACCGCAGCUCCACGCUCAACACACACACUCGCAUCCACGCGGGCUACAAGCCGUUCGUGUGCGAGUUCUGUGGGAAAGGAUUCCACCAGAAAGGGAACUACAAGAACCACAAGCUGACGCACAGCGGCGAGAAGCAGUUCAAGUGCUCCAUCUGCAGCAAGGCCUUCCACCAGGUGUACAACCUCACCUUCCACAUGCACACGCACAACGACAAGAAGCCCUUCACCUGCCCAACCUGCGGCAAGGGCUUCUGCAGGAACUUUGACCUCAAGAAGCACGUCAGGAAGCUGCACGACCCCGCCGGGGGGCAGGCGUCGCCGCCGCAGGCCUGAAUCGGCCUCUGAAAACCUUUUACACUGAGUAGUAUUUAUUCAUGUUGUUUGUCCUUCUAAAAGACUCAAAAGUGACUUUUUGAUGAAGGAACUUCUUCUUGGAGGACCGGAAGUGACUUUAUUGACGACGCACUGCUGCCCCCUGUGGAAAGAAUUAGUAUUACAUGCAAUCACGGACUGUAAUAAUAUAAAUAGAGUAAUAUACUUGAUUGGUGACACAUUGCUGCCCCCUGUGGAAAGACGGCGUAUUACAUGCAAUCAUGGACUGUAAUAAUAUGAAUAGAGUAAUAUACUUGAUUGGUGACAUUGCUGCCCCCUGUGGAAAGAAGUAGUAUUACAUGCAAACGUGGACUGUAAUCAAAAUCUAAACACAGUAAUUCACUAAUAUAUGACAAGCUGCUGCCCCCUGUGGAAAGUAGUAGUAUUACACACACAAUGGACUCUCUUUUAAUAAUACCGUAAUUAUAAUAAUAGUUUUAUUAUUAUUAUCUUUCUUUCAUGACACACUACUUCCUGUUUGUUCUUGAUAAUCAGCACUGUCUCUUUAAAUGGACAUUGCCUACUUCCUGGCCACUGCUGCUUGUUAGCUGCAAAGUCCACCCCGCCCCCCUUUGAAGAGGGUCUGUUCCUCACCUUGCCGACCCCCUCAGGACUGAUCCCUCCAUGA